AUGGGUGUUGAUAAAUUUGGUCGAUUUUCAAACGAUACUGGAGGAGGAGGAAAACGUGGUUUGCAAGGACUUCAAGGACCCCCGGGUCCUCAAGGUCCCCAAGGUCCUAUAGGUCAGCAGGGGCCCUCGGGCCCCCGAGGUCCGGAAGGAAAACCUGGUAAGGAUGGUCUACAAGGUUUGCAUGGUGCGGGAUUUAAUAAAACGGAAAGCGGUGAUUACAACAUCAAAUUCAAACAACUCAAGAAUCUUGGAGAACCCGUUGAGGAUGCUGAUGCUUCUACAAAGAACUACGUUGAUAUUAACAUUGAGAAACUCAAAGAAUAUAUAGACAGACAAAUUCAACUUGAAAUCGACGAACUUACAAAACUAUAA